AUGAAAAACCGGUUCUGGAGAGAAGAGGAAGUGGAUGAGACAAAGGAGAAGAAGAGAGAGGCGUGGUGUUUGCAGAAAUUUUCAGAGAAGGGAGUGUACUCGUGGAGAGUCUUGCAAAUUUUCUCACGAUGA